AUGGGGGUCCAGCCCCUACUGUCGCUGCAGCUUCUGGGUGCUUGUAACACGCCCUGGAGCCCGGCCACCGCUUUCCUCUGUCUAACCCCUGGACCCUGCUGCUUUGGCAAAGAACGUGACAUUGGGAGGGGAGGUGCCUCGCCUCCUGGCUUUUCUCUAAGUGUUCCCAUAGAUACUGGUGAUCUGGAAACGCAGAGGGAAUUCUGUGCGUGUACCCACUUCGGCAGAAUGUCCAUGAAAGUAUUCUGUGUUCGUAUUAAUGCCAAAAAAACAUUUAAGGUUUUGUCUUCAGCACACCCUAGGAACACACCUUGGUGCUGUUGUUUCAGGGCCAGCUGA